UUGUGACACACAGUGGCUAUUCACACCACAGUACAGAGGGUCUGUGUGGUCUGCAUUUGGUGGCUUCACAGUACUGAGAACAAACUUCACCAUGGAGGGUGAGGAAAAUCGAACGGAGGAGGAGGUGACCGACAUUGUCUUCAACAUCGUUGGGGCCUGUGCCUGGACUAUAACGACCGUGUUGAUUCUGUUUUUUAACACCAUGUGCCUGAUCAUCCUACCAAAGGUUGGUGAGUUCCACCAUUCCACCAGGAUCUUCUUACAAUCCAUGACGGUUAGUGAUCUGAUGCUGGGUGUAUUCUUCUACUUUCCAAUGACAGGGAUUUGGCUGACAGGGUCGGGAGUAUGGCCGUAUGGGGAUGCAUUGUGCUAUAUCCAAGCAUGGAUGAUCAGACAAGCACUACCGGCGUGCUCCAUAUCUCUACUGCUGGUAACAACAGACCGUUACAUCGCCGUCGUUUAUCCCCUCAAGUACAAGACCCUACUAACAUCACGACGAGCCAAAAUCAUAGUUUGCAUACUCUGGAUUAUGACCAAUAUCUACACAUUGAUAUUGACAGCAUUAUCGCAGUGGAAGAAUAAAUACAAUGACGUACUCUUCCUUUGUCAAUUUGGAGAAACAACCAACACCCUUGCAGCUUUCAUCGUAACAGUGCUAACGCUAUUCGUCGUCGUGGUUAUCAUUCUGAUGUACGUCCAGAUACUUCACAUCGCACGGAGUCAAGUAUCGCGGAUUGCAACACAGCACCAUCUUGUCACCAUCGAUGGUGAGUGGCAAUCACCACAAAUCAACCGCAAGUCUUUCACCACAAUCUUCAUAGUCACCAUGGUUCUUUUCGUCGGCUGGCUUCCAUCCAUUGCUAUGGGACUCAUGAGGAAAAAUUUCUCUCCGCAGUUGCGAGUCUCCAGCCAGAUACUGUUGGCGUCAGUGAGUUGGUUAAAUGUUAUAGUGUACUAUGUAAGGAACAAGGCUUUCAGAGGAGCUGGGCGAAACUUCCUCUUAAAGAUAACCAGGAACUGUUGUGGAUACUAUAAUAAAAAACCAACCUACACUACAGGACACAAUAACAACAGUAUUUAAAACAUUGAAUCCAGUGGAGUGCCUCGUUUGUGAUAGAGGAUCAACUGUUUAUGUACUGUUAAAAAACUCUUCAAAGACAGUGGGAAAAAUACUUUGAGAAUGUGCAAAUAGUGUGAGUAUUCAAACAUUAGGUUUUCCCACACAUUGAGUCAUGUAUGUGUAAUGGGAACAGAAAUCCUGCACUUAAACAAAGCCAAACAUUUGACUCAUAUGACUCAAGACGUAAGGCUUACCUGCUCUAUUGCCUAAAUAACUAACUUCUUUUUUUGUUUUAUCAGGAGUGGAUAGUGUGUGGGUAGUGUGUGAUAUUUGCAAAUGGUAGCAACCAUGGCGUAAACAAUUUUUAACUUCAAAAUUCAAGAAGCUUUUUAAACGAAAUAGCAAAAUUUGAUGCAGUUAGUUUAGAUUUUGUUCUUGAAUUUUGACGUCGUGUCAGGAACAUCAUGUCAGUAUUAAAGCCUGGUUCAUACGUCGUGCUAAUUGGAAGCAAAUUUUGAUGACAGAGCUCUGUUGUCACCGCGAACGUUUAGUAGACGUUACCCACAACUCAACUCUUCUGAAUUAUAUGCUGCGCAAUUGUGACGUCAACAUUCGUAUUGCAUUCACAUUCGCAGGAAGUAAGAAUCAAGCUUACGACUAAUUCUCAAGAAGCUCAAGCUGUUUAGCAUCUGUUAUAUAACACCCAAGCAGAUCCUUGACAUUUGAUUGGAGGAUUGUCCGUCACGUGAUAGCAAAUAA